AGGCUAAUCUAAAGGUUCCAGAUUGCGCGCUUCCCGAUGUCGUGACUAUUUUGUUUUCCUUCUAUUGCAGGGCAAGCAAGAAUAAACGCUUUAGAAGAAGAAGAGCAAGCCCUACACGCACUGAACUUACAGGAUGACUCAUAAGACCGUUUGGUAAACUAGCUCUCUUUCUGUACAAAAACCCGCGGAUUUUAAUUUUAAAAUAAACGUCUAUUGGCCUCCAUUCCUCGUUCUCUCUGUGGUGUAGAGUGUUCAGUUAACAUUGUGUGUGUUGUGGCUUUAGGUCUUCCCGUCUUCCAGUGACUGCUGAUUACACGUGUUACAUGUAAACUCCGAAGUCAAUAUCGUGGAAUGGGGGAUCUUAACCUUCUAAAACCAUAUGCCGUUUUUGAACAACUAUUUGAGCAGAAGAUUAGAAUAGAAGACAGGGAUUGUCUCGAGUUUGCUGAUAUAAACGUCGCUGCUGGUGUCUUAACCUCCUGUCAUGGUUCAGCUCUUGUCAAAGUCGGAAAAACUCAGGUGAUUGCGGGUGUAAAGGUCAAGGUAAUUCCAGAAAGCGGAAACUCAGGCAACAUAACCUGCAAUGUCGAGUUUGCUGGUCUCUGUCAUAGAGGUUCACGUUUAAAUGCUCCACAACCUAAGUAUGCUCAGUGGCUGUCUUCUACAAUCCAAAGACUCCUGAAUAAUUUUGCAUUCCCAUCUAUUGAAAACCAGCUAAACAUAUUCUCAAUAAAUGACCCAGACACACUUACACCGGUAGCUUCCUACACUUUGAAGCUCGAUGUGUUCAUCCUUCAUGACGAUGGGUGCUUACUAGAUGCUUGUGUCCCCGCUGCACUUGUUAGUCUUUGUACAACAAAGUGGACAAAGUUAUAUGCGGUUACGGAUGAACAAGCUGCGGGAUCCUAUUUAGAAUUAUAUAAACCAGGACCACGAAAUGAGACAAAAUCCCUAAAAAUGGAUGAAUGGCCUGUUUCACUGUCUUUCUGCUUCGUUCCUCGCCCGGUUGCUGAUAGAAAGUCAAAGACAGUCCCUAUUAUUGCCCAACCAACGAAACGAGAGUUAGAUAUUUGGGAUACGGAUGCUGGUCCAGUACAUAUAACUGUUUCUCAGGGUGCUGUCGUCGAUCUUUCUGUGGUCAGUGCAUUUUUAACGGGUCUUUGGGACAGUUUGUUUGUAACGAGUGCAAAUGAAAGUGAUGUAGUCAACUCAUGGGAAGUUUUGUUUGAUUCUGCCGUUUCUCACGCUCAGAAAGUUCUACAGAUAAUCCAAAAGGCAGUAAACUAGUUUGUAUAGUUCACGACAAUUCAUCCUUGGUACUCGUACGGUUAAUUUCACCUCGUUGUGAUGAUAUGGUGUGGAGACCCGGGCUUCGGACGACAAAGCUUAAAAUUUUCAGCAUUGGGACAGAUCCAUUCAUUAUUUGUCUUCAUUCUACGAAUGUAUAUUUCCUCGAAUAAAAUUUAUCCCUAAUC